AUAAAAACAAAGUCUGUCUGUGAAAGUAAGUUUCCUGAUCCCGAGGAGACUUGGUUUGGGAGAGGAGCUGCUCGCUGACUUCAGCUCUACUCAGAAGAACAGACAGGUUCUUCUGCAAAGGGGGAGGGGGAGAGGAAAAGCCAUUAUUUAUUCCUGAAAAGAAAGGAGCUUGGAAAAUAAAAAAAAGCUACUGUACAGCUAGACAUACGUAUUUUAGAGAGAAGGAUGCUUUGGAAGACUUUGGUGCUGCUGCUGUUCUAUUACAGUGCUCAUGCCACUCUAACCCACAGAUGGAGCAGAGCUAUGCUUUUCCCAUCUGCUCAGCGAUUCAAGAGGUCCUCAGCUGCCUUCCUCAACCCAGUGCUACAAAACUCUGUGGAAGAUGUGGUCCUGCUUUAUGAGUUUCUUUUAGCUGAGCUUGACAUUGACAAAGGUCAGAGGAUCUCCAUCAAAGAUGAGGAGCUGGCUUCCCUGAGGAAGGCUGCUGAGUUCAACACCAUCUGCAACGAGAUUAUCCCCAAGAGCAUCCCAGAGAUCCGCAGGCUGAGCAGCAGGCUGUCUUCCUACCCGAGGGUCCUCAAGAAAGAGGACUUUGAAAGGACAGUGCUGACCAUGGUCUACGCGGCCUACAGAGCUGCUCAGUCCCAGGGGCACCAGAGGGACACUUGGGCUGAAUCCUUUGUCCACCUCUACAAAGCCCUGAAGAACGACUUGAUGCUCUCCUACAGCAAGCAGCCCUCAUAGUGGCAGAGGAGCAGCGCCUCAGCCACCUGCUCUGGUUGAGGAAGGACACAAUGGAGAACACCCAACACUUUAUCACUUUAUUUGUUCAAUAGCCUGCUUCGUGAACGAUUGUUCGUUUUCUGGCUCCCUCUUGUGGAAUCCGCUUUCUAGUGCCAUGCUAAACGGUGAAAAACGUCUUCAGUCCUGAGAAUUCGAUUUUUGUGCUGGCUUGGAGGCACGUUCUGUGACAGGAAAAUAAGGGAGUUACACCCAGGCAGACCCUUGUUUCAGGCCAACCCUUGAUUUCAUCCUUCGGGUUUCCUAUAAGCAAUACAUAAAUGUACUGUGCUUAUGCUCACGUGCUGAUGUGCAAGUGCUGGAGACUGCUGCUCUCCUAGCUGGGGAAACAAGGUCAUGUUUUGGCUGGCCAGUAAGAGAAUAUUACCCAGAGGUGAAGGCCCGCUGGAAAAGGAAGAUGUUUCAUAACAGUCAGCCUUCAGAAAUGAUGCCACAUUUUAUUCAUUCCAAAUGUUCUCAUAAAUAAGCCCUCUCUGAUUCGCUUAAUUUGGCUGAGCCAGUGUUUAAUUGCAAUAACAUUUGUAGAAGACAAAGGGCAUUGUG